AUGACAGAAGUGGACACUGAAACUUUGGAAGUUCACCCAAUUACUUUCCCGCCGCAGGUUCUUGCACGAAUUUCGCCUGAGCUGUCUUUACAGAGACACCUAUCGUUGGGGAUCAGACCAUGCUUAAGAAAGUUUGAAGAGUUUAGGGAUGUACACAUAAAUCAAGAGACUUUAUCUCGUUACAAUCUACCGGAUGAAUUACUUCCAACUGCAAAUAGCGGUAUUCUGGGCUCCAACGUUUUGAAAUGCGGCAAGACGUUUGUCAUUACAUCUAUAACAGGAGGUAUAGUUGAGGAAACCUUACCAGUAGAAACCGAUAAUUUAGGUGAAGAAGAGCUACUGGACAUGAGCGAGAAAAGAGACGAGAUAAGUAAAUAUGCAUCUGUGUUUCCGAUAGUUGAAGUGGAAAGAGGUAGGGUUGGUGCACCUACGGAUGAAGAGAUGACAGUAUCUCAAAAAUUACACGACUGCGUCCUCCAUUCUGGUAUUAUUCCCAAAUCUGCGCUUAACGUGAAAUGUGGUGUCCGUACAACCGAUACAGAGGGCAACAAGACUGUUUUUUAUCCCGAUGAGCAAGAGGAUGACGUUACGUUGAAGCAGCUGCAGCAACAGAAAAAAUGGGCUUACGUGCUUUAUGCAAAAAUAGUCGUUUUCAGUCGAACAGGACCAGUGUUUGAUCUUUGUUGGAAUUCUCUCAUCUUUGCAUUGAGAAACACAAGGCUCCCCAGAGCGUUCAUAGAUGAGCGAGCUACUGAUUUGACGAUGACAGUGAGAACACGCGGUAGAAGUGCUACAAUAAAAGAGACAUACGAUAUCUUGUGUGAUCCCAAGAAGUCUGUACAACUCAAACUUGUAGAGCCCAAGAUAGGAUAUGCUUCCAGCUAUGGACUGAUUGAUUUGGACCCAGAAGCACAAAUUAACGAUGACGAAGAUGAAGACAUGGACCAGCCAAGUUCUAUUCUAUUGGCUGAUAUAGAUACUGAGGCUGAAGAGACGUGCAUACAUUCUACCAUUUCGAUCAUUGGCGAUUCAAAAGGCAAUCUCAGUAACGUUACAUUAGUUGGUGGUGGAGCCAAGAUAACUCCAGAAGCUAUCAAAAGGUCGCUUCUACUGUCAAAACAGAGGUCGUCAGAUUUAAGUACUAGACUUUAA